AUGGAUCUUGAGCAUGGCAUGUGUUGGGAUACUUCAAAGAAGGAUUCUUGGAAGACAUUGUUGCUUUUGGCUUAUCAGAGCCUUGGAGUAGUAUAUGGGGACUUGAGCACUUCCCCUCUCUAUGUUUACAAGAGCACAUUUGCAGAAGACAUUCAACAUUCAGAUACUAAUGAAGAGAUUUUCGGUGUUUUGUCUUUUGUUUUCUGGACUCUCACUCUGGUUCCCUUAUUCAAGUAUGUCUUUGUGGUCCUUCGAGCAGAUGACAAUGGAGAGGGAGGCACUUUUGCGUUGUAUUCAUUGAUAUGCCGGCAUGCGAAGGUUAGCCUUCUUCCCAAUAGACAAGUUGCAGAUGAAGCACUCUCCACAUACAAACUGGAGAACCCUCCAGAGAAGAAGAACAACUCAAGGGUUAAAAUGUACCUUGAGAAGCACAAGGGCUUGCACACUGCUUUGCUAAUCUUGGUUCUUCUUGGCACUUGCAUGGUAAUUGGAGAUGGACUGCUCACUCCGGCAAUUUCUGUUUUCUCUGCAGUGUCUGGUCUCGAGCUUUCGAUGUCCAAUAACCAUCAUCAAUAUGCAGUAGUUCCAAUCACUUGCUUCAUCUUGGUGUGCCUUUUCGCACUUCAACACUAUGGCACGCAUCGGGUGGGAUUUCUCUUUGCACCAGUUGUUUUGGCAUGGCUGCUAUGCAUCAGUGCCCUUGGCCUGUAUAAUAUAAUCCACUGGAACCCACACGUCUAUCAAGCUCUUUCUCCAUAUUACAUGUUCAAGUUCUUGAAGAAAACGAAGAAAGGCGGGUGGAUGUCUUUGGGCGGAAUAUUGUUGUGCAUAACAGGCUCAGAGGCAAUGUUUGCUGAUCUUGGCCACUUCUCAUAUGCUGCAAUUCAGAUUACAUUCACCUUUCUGGUUUAUCCAGCCCUUACAUUGGCAUAUAUGGGGCAAGCUGCUUAUUUGUCACAGCAUCAUGACAACACAAAUCAUAUUGGCUUUUAUAUUUCAGUCCCAGGAAAGUUAAGGAUCCCAGUCCUCAUAAUAGCUAUCCUUGCUUCUGUCGUGGGAAGCCAAGCGAUCAUCAGUGGAACAUUCUCUAUCAUAAACCAGAGUCAGUCACUUGGCUGUUUCCCAAGAGUGAAGGUUGUUCACACUUCUGACAAGAUACAUGGCCAGAUUUAUAUCCCUGAGAUCAAUUGGAUGCUCAUGAUCCUCUGCAUUGCUGUGACCAUUGGAUUUAGAGACACCAAGCACAUGGGAAAUGCAUCAGGGUUAGCAGUGAUGACAGUGAUGCUAGUGACAACAUGCCUUACUUCCCUGGCUAUCAUCCUUUGUUGGCACAAGCCUCCUAUUGUAGCGCUAUCCUUUCUACUUUUCUUUGGCUCCAUUGAGUUGCUCUACUUCUCAGCAUCACUAACCAAAUUCACUGAGGGUGCAUGGCUCCCCAUCCUUCUAGCCCUCUUUCUGAUGACCAUCAUGUUUGUUUGGCAUUAUGCCACCAUUAAGAAAUAUGAAUUUGAUCUCCACAACAAGGUAUCACUAGAAUGGCUUUUAGCCUUGGGUCCAAGCUUGGGAAUUGCUAGAGUCCCUGGCAUUGGCUUAGUUUUCACUGAUCUCACCUCUGGCAUCCCAGCUAACUUCUCACGCUUUGUCACCAACCUCCCUGCCUUCCACCGUGUCCUUGUCUUUGUGUGCAUAAAAUCAGUGCCUGUGCCUUAUGUGCCCCCUGCAGAGAGGUAUCUUGUCGGUCGUGUGGGUCCUCCUGCUCAUCGGUCUUACAGGUGCAUUGUCCGUUAUGGAUAUCGUGAUGUGCACCAGGAUGUUGAUUCUUUUGAAUCAGAGCUUGUUGCUAGACUGGCUGAUUUCAUCAACUAUGACUGGCAUCGAACGCAUGGUACUAACUCAUUUCCUGAUGACGAUGCAUCUCAAUCUAAUGAAUCUUCAAAUGAUUGUAGAUUGGCGGUGAUUGGAACCGUCUCUUUCUCUGGCGUACCAGCUUAUGAGAUUGAGGAGAGUGUGCAGCCAGCAAGUGUAUCUGGUGGUUUCCCAACGGUCGUAAGUGUGACAGAUGUUAUUGAAAUGGAACCUGUUGGGAUAAGAGAAAGAAGAGUGAGGUUUGCUAUAGAUAACGAGUCUGAAACCCCUUCAGCAGUUGGUAUGGAUUUGCAGUUACAAGAAGAGCUAGAAGACUUGUUAUCAGCCCAACAAGCUGGUACUGCCUUUAUACUAGGGCACUCUCAUGUUAAAGCAAAACAGGGAUCAUCAGUUAUGAAGAGAUUGGCUAUUAAUUUUGGGUACAAUUUCCUCAGGCGGAACUGCCGAGGGCCAGAUGUGGCGCUCAAGGUGCCACCAGUGUCUCUUCUUGAGGUCGGCAUGGUUUAUGUUUUGUAA